UGACUUUGCUACAGGAUGUGGAAAUAUCAUGUGAAGGACAUCAUCCUACACAUUCUCUGUCUUGGUCUUGCAACUUUGACACCUUGGAUGUCAUGCAUCAUGUACAUUUCACGUCUUUGGAUAUUUUUUGGUGCUUUGAUGUCUUUAAACGCUGUGGACCACUUGAUUACAGGAUGUAGAGAAGUUACCGUCAACGCCUCUCUGAAAUCUGAAGUCUUUCUCCCAUGUUACUUUAAUAUUAGCCAUUACAAUGAAACAGAAAUGGUGAAAUGGAGCCACUAUUAUAGUGGCCAGCAUUAUACUCUUGUAACGAUUGCGAUAAAUGGCAAAAUCUUCUUUGACAGUCCUAAAGAAGGACGAGUGAAUGUUUUUCCCCUUUUAUCUAAACAUGGAAACUUCUCUAUCCUCAUCCAUGCACUGCAGUUUUCAGAUGUUGGCACAUACAAAUGUGAGCUGAAGAGUAAAUGCUGGAGGGUGAACGCCAAUGAACGUCUGGAUGUUCAGAAAGAAACCAAUGAAUCAAACCCCUGGUUUUACUUUGCGGCUGGAGCUGGAUUGUUUAUUCUACUUUUUAUUGCAUUCAGCCUGUUAUCAAAAUUCUAUGGAAAGUGUGUAAAUACGUCAUCUAAAUCAGAUCCAGUUAAUGGAGUACAGAGUGAAGGUACCAACUCCCACGAGGAAAGACAGAAUGCAGAAAGCAGCGAAAAUAGAAACAGAAAGAAGAGGGGUGUGAGGAGGGGCCCUACAACUAUUUAUGAAAAUGACAUACGUGCUCCAAAUCAAAGUUCGGCUGUGCAGCAGGGACAAAAUCCUCAGAGAGCCUUUAGAGCCGUUCCCAAGCCAUCAACAAGUCAUCAUUCAGAUGUAAUACCAUACUAUGUCAACCAGGAGGAGCUCACCAUUCCAGCAAAUACUGGCCAAAGACGGAAAAAACAAAAACCAGCUUAUCAGAUUAAAAAUCCAAUAUACGGAGACUGAAGUGAUCAGAAGUCAGUUUGUGACGACAGAAUCAAGUUCCACAGAAACAAGAAUACACGAUUCAAUUUGCAUUACAUAAUUGUUCAUUAUAAAUAAUUAAAUAUCUCAAUAAAUGUUUAACAAUGAUUGAUGGGAAAUUUAAUUUCAUUAAAAAAUCUGUUUGUUAAGUGACAUACACAAAUCAUUAAAUAAAAACAAAAAUUCUUCAGAAUUAUUAUUGUCCUUCUGCCUUUCUUACAAACAGCAGUUGAUGCAUUUUAAUAUUAGUUUGUUAGCAAACAUACUAGUAAGAACUUUCAGUUUGUCACAAGUUGACCUUAUUCUGAAAAUGUUGUGAAAUGUCUAUUUGUAGUUUUCAGAAAUUAGCAAAUACAUUGUUGGAUAUUUUGAUCUGGAGGUCAGUAGCCAAAAAUACAUUGUAUGGGUUAAAAUGAUAGAUUUUUGCCAAAAAUCAUUAGGAUAUUGAGCAAAGAUCAUG